AAUGACAGCGACACAUUGGUCGGUUUGUUGGGUCCUUCGGAGUUUGGGAUUUAAAUUCUUUAUUUUCUGAUGAAAAAUGUCUGGAUUUAUUUGAGUCCAGCGAUUGUCUGUGAAGUUAAGAUCUUAAAAUAAACGGGGCUGACGAGUUGACCGACGGGUUUCACUCUGAACUGGAAUGUGUUUGUUGAUUAGCAGCUAACUCGGUAGCUACUUAGCCGCUUAGCUCCCGGGAGUCCCGGUGUCUCCGCCGUUCCUCGCCGUCCAGGAGCCACUUCAGCCCGGCGAGGGAAUGGGACGGGGAAAGGGGCCGACGCGGGGCCGACCGCCGUGCGAAGACAGACCUCCUUUCGACAUGGGUCCACCGGGCUGGGGCCCUCCUCCACCGGGCUGGGGCCCUCCUCCGCCUGGGGGCUGGGGCCCUCCACCGCCCGAUGAAUGGGGGCCUCCGCCACCCGGAGGAUGGGGCCCUCCGCCGCCUGGAGGAUGGGGGCCACCACCGCCUGGAGAAUGGGGCCCAAGGGGGCCUCCGCCUCCCGACUGGGGACCAAGAGGACCGCCGCCGCCGGGCUGGGGGCCUCAUCCCGACGACUGGAUGCCUCCUCCAGAAGACUGGGGUCGUCACCCAGAAGACUGGAGACCUCCACACCCCGACGACUGGAGACCUCACCCCGAUGACUGGAGACCGCCCCGCGAAGACUGGAGACCUCCUCCCGAGGACUGGGGACCAGACAGGCCUCUCCCCCCUCCCAGCUGGGGACAUCCAGGCUGGGGUCCCGACGGUCCCCCUGAGCCGUGGGGGCCCGAGUCUGGUCCGCCCGGACCUGUACCAACUGUCCCCCCUCUGGGAAUGCCCCCUUCUGUGGCGAUUCCUCCAUCGGACCCUGCAGCCUAUGGACCGGUGGCCGCGCCUCCCGUCCCCCCUCCAAGCGUUCCUCCUUUCGGGUUCCCGGCCUUCCCUCCUCCUGGUUGGACAGGAGAGCCCGUUGUAGAGGAACCGAUGCCGAACCCACCGCCGGACCAGCCGGAGUGGAUCAAAGCGCUGAUAUCUGCUCCGGCUGCUGAAACGACUCCGGGUGAGACUAAAAAACCCACAGAGGAGCCUGCCGUCACCAAAACGCCUGCUGCUGAUUCCAUUGCCGGCGCUGCCUCCGCCCCGAAACCUAAACCCAAACCUAAGCCUGAACCCAACAAGACUGCCAAAGCUCUGGGCCUGCUGGGAAAACGCACAUUUGAUAAGCCUCCCCCGGGCAGGUCGACAGGGAUCAUCUCCUUCAUCGGGCCGACGUUCGGCUACAUCGAGAGAGAAGACCUGGAGAAGUUCACCUUCAGCUUCGACGCCUUCUUUGGAAACCCCAAAGCCAUGACGCCCGGGGUCAGAGUUCACUUCACCGCCUGCAAGGAGAAGAACAGUCUGAUAGCGACAGACGUGAAAGUGGCUCCAGGUGGAACAGAGAACGUGGACACAGAGAUCUACGAGGCUGUGGUCAGUCAGCCCAUUGUGGAGCCUCAGCCCGGCGAGCGUCAGUACCCCGGUCAGGUUCAUGUGACCAUCGGGCCUCUGAGGACCAACCUGCCGUUCGACAGGAAGGACAGCACGGUGACGCUGCUGAAGAAUGACCACGUGCUCAUCAAUCUGCUGACCGACAUCGUCACCGAGAAGAGGAGAGCCACCAACAUCAAACCCAAAAUCCCCACGACCUUCAGCCACACCAAGGAGACCAGGGAGAAGGGCGUCAUCAUCAGUCUGAAAGACAACGAAGGCGUCAUCAAGUCGGAUGAACAUGGCGAGCUUCCCUUCGACGCCAAAGAAAACUUCAGUGACGUGGAGUUCACCGCCGAGGACGUCAACGAGGAGGUCGAGUUCAACGUCAUCACGUUGAAAACGGGGAAGCGGGCAAUCAGAAUCCGGCGGGUGAAGGAGCCUCUCCUCCUGACACUUUGCAGCGCCACAGUCGCCACCGCUGAGGAGACCGAGGCCGAAAACACCAACGGCGACAGCGAUGGAGACUCUUCCAGGCCCCCCAGGGGGAGGGCCAACGGCAAGGUGGAGCUGGGGCCCAACAUGAAGCUGGACACGGAGCUGUACGAGGGCAUCGUCAGCCAGCCGAUCAUCGAACCCACGCCCGUCAUGCCGGGUUACCCGGGUCAGAUCCACGCCAACAUCGGGCCCGUCAGGACCAACGUGACCUUCGACCACCGGGACUGCGGCGUGACCCUGCUGAAGAACGACCACGUGUUGAUCAACCUGCUGGUCGACAUGGUGACCAGGAAGAGGAGGGCGGCCAACAUCAGACCCAAAAUCCCCUUCACCUUCAGCUACACCAAAGAGAAGAGAGAGCUGGGCGUCAUCACCUACUUGGGCGCUGAAGAAGGCAUCAUCAACUCGGAGGAGCACGGCGAGCUUCCCUUCGACAUCUGCGAGAACUUCAGCGACACCGAGUUCAACGCCAACGACAUCCACAAGGAGGUGGAGUUCAUGACGGCACUGGUGAAAUCAAAGAAGAGAGCGAUCAGGCUGAGGAGGACAAAAAGGAUCGAGGACAAAAUCCUGGAGGAGCAGAAGAGGCGGGAGGAGGAGGAGAAGAAGAGGAAACGGGAGGAGGACGAGAGGAGGAAACAAGAGGAGGAGGAGAGGAAGAGGAGAGAGGAGGAGGAGCGAGAGAAAGAGGCGGAGAGGAAGAAGAAGGAGGAGGUGGUGGCAGCGCUGGCAGCUGCCAGAGACAAGUGGACCCCGCUCGGCUUCAAAAUAAGAGACCCCAGCACGCUGGACGACGUCAGCAAGGAGCGAUUCGAAGGCACGGUCCUCAAAGCCAUUUCCAAAAAUCCACGCAAGGAGAUCAAGAAGGAGCUGGAGGAGAACGAGGUGGAACGGGGGGGAGGAGGAGGUUCUGAGGGCGGACAAACACUCCUGGGACAGGUCAAAAUAAAAGUGGAGAAAAUGGAUGAAGAUGAGAAGGAAGAGGCAGGAGGAAAACCUGAUAGAGAGGGAGGUGAGGAGGGAAAAAUGCAAAUGAAAAAGGAGGAUGAGGCGGAGGCGGAGGUGAAGAAGGAUCAGAUGGCUGAAGCUCGAGCUGGAGCCAAACCAGACCCAGAAAUGGGCCGACUGGUGAUGACCGUCGACGGUCAACAGAAACAACUUCCCUUCGGUCCCAGAGACCUGCUGACCACUGCCACCAUGCUGGACGGAGACAAGGUGCGUUUCAACAUCGCCACCCACCGGGAGACCAAAGAGGAGCGAGCGACCUACGUGGAAAUUCUCCCCGACUCCUUCGAAGAGUCGACUGAACAACGUCGACAUGGCAUCGUGAUCGAGUUCUCGGAGGACUCUGGACUCAUCAAGUGCACUCAGAACCCCCAGCUCUUCUUCCACAUGUCAGAGGUGAUAGAGAAGAAGAAACUGGAGCUGAACGAGAAGGUCGAGUUCAGCGUCGUCCCGCAUGAAACGGCAGAGGGGGGGACCCAGGCCAUCAGGAUAAAACGUUACACAGAGAGUGUUUUCUUCCCCGUUCGGAAACUUGGCGGUGUUGGGGCAAACAAAGGAAAGAUGACCAUCAAACUGACAAAAGCUUCAGAAGACACAGAGAAGGAAAAACCAGAGACAGAUAAGCUGAGGGCGGUGGUGAAAAAUCUUAGAGCGCAGGACAGCAAGACCAGUAUCAACAGACGGGAUUACAGUGCCACUCGGCGUAGAUAUGGCCGCAGCAGGAGCAGAAGUAGGAGCGGGAGUCCGAGUAGGAGUAGAGCUAGGAGUAAGAGUAGGAGUAGGAGUAAAAGUAGGAGCAGGAGUCCACCCAGAGACCAGUUUGGACGUAUCAUCAAAAGGAGACGCAGCACCAGCAUUGACCAUGAUCGUAAAAGCAGCAGGUACAGGCAAAGCCGAGAGAGGUCAAGCAGGUGCACCAGAAGUGGCACUAAGAGCCGCAGCAGAAGCCGAAGCCAAAGCAAGAGCUCCAGCAGGAGUCGGAGCAGGAGCCGCAGCCGGAGCAGGGAAAGGGGCAAGAACAAGGCCGGUAAGAAGAGGAGCAAAUGCAGCAGAGACCGCGAAGAAAGUCACAAGAGGAGGAGGGACCUGAGCCCUCCUCUUAGACGUGGCGGAGUCAUGGAUGACGAGCUGGCGAGGAAGAAGCGGGAGCUGGAGGAGUUGAACGAGAUGAUUGCCUACAAAAAGUCACUGGUGGACAUUGACCCCAGAGUACUGGACCCUGGACAGAGGACCUGCAUUGACUACGACCAUGGUAGGAUCGCCAUGCCACUCACUGAGUAUAAACCAGUCCGGUCCAUCCUGAAGAAAAGACCCGAGGGACUUGAGUACCACCAUCGUCCUCCUCAGCCCUAUGAUGAUCCUUAUUAUGACCGGCCAUACAGUCCUUACCCAGAACGGCGGUACGGUGACCGCUACGGUGAUCUGUAUGUCAGCCGUCCCUACACUGAUCGCCCUUAUGGUGACCGUCCUUAUGGUGACCGUCCUUAUGAAAAUCGUCUCUAUGGUGAACCUCCCUUUGGUGGCCCUCCAUCUGCCAGCCAUCGUUACACUGAUCGCUACGAUGUUUAUGAUGAACCCUAUGACGAUCACUACUAUAAUCCAGUUUAUACGGACAGACCUUACAUUGAUCCAUAUCACCCUGUAAAACGGAGCCAGUCUCCAGAACCCCGGGGUCCCUCACCUUCUUCACUGUCAGCUGCCUCCAAUCAGUCUUCCUUGACUCAUACUACUGCCACUUCAUCUUCCCAACCCCCUUUCAGACCUCCUUCUCCCACAGAACCACCUCCUAAAAGCCCUUCUCCCAGAUUGAAGAACCCAACACCACGUCAGUCACCCCCAGCUGAGAAACCACCCCUGGACCGUUUCCUUGACAUGCUAAAUAAAAAGGUGGAUGCUGAAAAGAAAUCAGAACCGGUUCAUGUUAAUGACGACCUACUGCCUCAUGAGCGGGCGCUUCAAGAUGGUGGGGGGUUCUCUCGGAUUGUGGGGUUGGCUCAGGAGCAACCCAGCAGCAUUCGAGCUCUAGAAGGGGAAAAGAAACAACUAAGCCCUAAACGGUCCUCAGUAGAGAGAACAAGCGAGGAACCAAAGAGCAAGACAGAACCCUAUGACAAGAUCCAGAGUCUACUCCGUACAAUCGGCCUGAAGCUGAGUACCGGAGAUGUGUCCAAACUGGCGAGCCGAGCCCAGGAGAAAAUCUACAGCCCGAAGUCCUCAUCCACAGAAAGAGAGACUUUGUCAUCCCCAAGAGAAGAACUACAAAUGAGUAGAACAGGUUCAGUUGAAUCUGAUCACAUCCAUUCCCCCUCCCCUGUCAGGUCCUCCAGUUUGGAGCCGCUCAGUAGACAUAAAGCUGUCUCGGAGUAUGAAGGAUUCCUGGACCAGCAGGAGUUGGAAGUGCUAAAGAGAGCGCAACAACUGCAGAGUCUUACCAAGACAAUGGGGAGCACUCCCUCCACCACUUCUCCAAAACCACCUCCUGGGCCCCCGCCUGUUCAAUACCAACGUCCACCUCCGCCAGUCAACUGGCCACUUGGAGUCACCACCCAGGUUCUCCCAGAACAGAGCUCCACAACCCCCAACAUGGGCAGUCCAACUGCUGAUCAACCACCCCAGAGAUUUGGAUUUCCUCCGGGACCUCCACCUGGUCCUCCUCCUGGACCUCCUCCACGGCGUCCUGGGCAGCCUCCUCCCGGACCUCCUCCUGGACCUCCACCCAGGCGCCCUCCUGGACAACCUCCUUUCACCCCACCCUCCAGUCAUGCAGUCCUUCCUUUUAUUGACCAGCCUCUCAUAGUUCCGUCCCCUGACUCCUCCAGUCCUCUGCAGCCUUUAACCACUGCCACAGUGACACAGACACCACCAUCAACACCAGCAGCAUCGAGUUCUGCAGGCAAUGACCAAUCAGCCAUCUCUACAACAGUGGCCAGAUGCCUGAAGGUCAUAGAGACGGUUAAAAUACUGGCUGUGCAGCCACCAGCCAAACCAGUCAAAUCAGUUCAGUUCAGUUUGCCCACAGAGUCUCCAUUGGCCUCCAGUUCUCAGACUUCACCAGAGACAGACGAUGACAUCAAGACAAAGCAGAAGGAGAAGCUGGAUUUGUAUAACCAGAGGAUUUUGGAAAAGAGGGAGCAGCAGUUCCAGGAGAUGCUAGUCCGCAAGAAACAAGGAGAGAGGAGCAAGGAUGGCACACUGAUCUCCCCAGGGCUGAAGAAAAAAGAGAUGGAUGAUCACAGCAAGUUUUGUCCUGGAUUUGGCUUUGCUGAUAUACAUUUGUGUAGCAGCUCUUGUGCUCGCCCAGUAGCACCAACAUAUGUUUGCAUUAUUACGGAGUUGCAGUCAGCUACAGUGGAACGUCUGCCGUAUGAAUCGAGCCUCCGCACAUAGAUACCGCUACACCUUGACACGGAGCCAUAAAGUUGUCUUUAAGGUUACCUAGACGUCUUAAGUGCAUUGCAGUGGUACAGAGAUCAGUCAUUUUUCUGCUACAGAGGUCGGUCUUUCCACUGCACACGUUAGCCGAGCCUAGUGGUUCGUCCCAGCGAUCAAGAAAAGAAGCCAACUACAAUCCCAACUGCACAAAGUAAAUCUUUUUCCUCUUCAUUUUGUGACUCCAUUGGUAUCUAGCUUUGAAGACACUCAUUUGAGUCCAAAAAGCACUGUGUAGUCAGAUGAGAUUAUGAGAGGUUAAGAUAGACAUGUUUUGAGUAAGGUUGGGUUUUGUUUGAAAAUUUUCAAAAUACUAGAGCUCAUACAGUAUCUAAGUUCCAGUACUGAUACCAGUACUAGAUAUAUUUUCAUACUUUAUUCGAUUAAUGUAUAAUUAAACAAAACUACGAAUUUAACCAAGCAUUUGAUAUCGACUUCCGUACCUUACAGUUUUUAGUACUUGACACUACAGACACAUUUCAGUCAGUUCAAGAAAAUGAUUUAGGUGUGAUAUCCAGCCUUAGUAGUUAGCUAGACACGCAGUUAGAGUGAUACUUUCAAGUAAGGUAGUUUUUCUAGGUUUGGUCUAGAAUUGCCGUUUCCAGCUUAAAUACAGUUGCACUCAGUGGUCGCUCAGUUGGUACACCUUCCACUUGUUAAGAAAUCUUCCUCGACCAAAUGUUGAAUCUCGUGCUUAGGCUUUACCACAACACGCAGCAGGAUAGUUAGAGUUGCAUCGGAAAGGUCCAAACUACAAGGCCUAGAAUAUUUUUGGAUGGAUACAAGAACCAAAAUACCUCCAGUCCUCAUCCAUGAGAGGUGUCAGAGAUGAGUUUUAAGACAUACUCAGUCCCAGAACAUAUGCAAUGUGAAGAAGACAAUUCUGGCUUUGACUUGUGUCAGUCAAGAACAAAAAGAGGAAGCCACAGUGGUGCAUGAUCAUUAAAACGGACUAAAAAGUUGGAAAUUGUAACUUGAUCCAGUAGAUUUCAUGAAUUCAAUUUUUGAAAUUGAACUUACUGAUGCAGGCUUCUUCUGCUUGUCCGUGUUUGUUUUAUAUCAUAUUGUUAAAGUUGGGUUGGGUUGUUCCCAAAAUUUAUAGGUAACUUUUGAGUGAUUAGAGAAUUCAUACUCAAUAUUUCUAUCUAUGUUCUGUUACUGACUACCUUUCAGUAUGUAAUGAUUACAUCCACAUGAGGGCGUGGCCUCCAUGGUAUAACUCCUUCUUGCCAUUAGAACUGAAGAAGCCAUUCAUAUGAACAACAAAGCAUCUUUCACUCUUCAGUUGCGCUCCGGUGGAUACUUUGAUUUUGAUUAGAUAAGGAUGCUAAAGGACUUUCUCAAACAUUGCAUUCUGUCAAAAAAAAAAAAAAGAUCUCAGCACAGUACCCAUUACUAAAAAGCUGUACUUAAACAGUGACCACUGAGUGUAUACAUAGUACAGCUAGCUUGAAAUGAAACUGCUAAGCUUGGAUUUGAUCUUCUCAUUCACAAUAAAACACUGUAAAGACAGAGAUAUCAAACCUGCUACAUGCUGCUUUUCGCACAAAGCUAGAACUCGCCUUCAGCGUCCAGGGUCAACAUUGUAGGAGGAAGACCAAGAUAAAGAACAAAGCCUACUAACGACUCAGUCUGUACUACAAUCGUAGUACUAAGAGGUAGCUCUAGGUAUGUAGUACUUUGGUAGUACUACUCAUUUCUACUUAAAGUUGGCUAGUAGCUCUUUUAUGUCAACUAGUUUAAGUAGCUGACACUCUGCUACAAAAAAGGUCUGCUACAAAAAAAGACUUGAAAUGCACUCAAAACAAUACUCCAGACUUCAUGUAGAUCAUGUUUUGUGCAGCCUGAGGGUAACGGCAUCAGGAGCACAUCUGGUCUGAGACUCAGUGGGCCUUCAGGUGUAGAUGGCUUUUAAAGAUAUGGCUUUAAUAGUCCAGGGCAUAGUCUAGUAAGAAUUGCAGAGAUGUGAACAUCCAGUGUUACCGUAAUUUUAGGAGUGAAUAUAAGAGCAAUUCCAAGACUAAAAUACCAUAAGGAAAAUUCAGAGGGUAUACAGGUUUUUAUCUAUUUCUACAUGUGAAUUGUAGGAAUGGUUUUACUUCAGCACCUUGACUUUAGUAAAUUACACGGCUAUAUCACAUCAUUUCGGUUUGCUUAGAAUUUCAUACAGCUGUAACAUUCAGCUUUUAUUACAGUGAAAUUACAUAAAUCUUAUAUAUAGAAAACAAAGUUGUUUUUUUUAACAUUUCAUCCAUGAACUCUGGUCCAUCUGCUAAACAGAAAUGUAGGCAAUGUUCACAAAAGCCUUACGAGUUUUUUACUGAGCCUUUCUACAUCAGCUUUACUCGUCCUGGAGUAACUGAAGCUGUUACAGCAGCUUGCCUUCUGAUUUUUUAACAAGUUAAUGUAGAUUGUUUAUUGCUAGUAAGUCACAUUCCCCAGAUGUUUUUGUUUUGUUUUUUUUGUCUACAGAAUUUUGUGUUGUACAUCGAAUAAAACGAAUAUUGCAUUUCCUUUGGUAAGUCCUUGAGCCAGGUCCUAGUAAACCUGUUCCAUGGUAAGUCAAGUUUUCACAAUUCUGUUUGCGUCAAACAGAGAGCUGUAGAUACGUUUUCUGGAUAUCCAGAAAAGUGACAUUUUAACAGAAGAUCCAGAAGACUACUUGUAAUUGUGACCAAAGUAAAGCGUUCCUGAUUCAUUUUCAGUGAAAGAAGUUUCAACACAUUAAAAUUAUUUAUUUGGAUCAGAACUACCUGCUUUGUGAGCCAGGUAGUCCCACAUUUUAACAAUACACUAGAAGAUGUCGUACUGCUAAAACAGAAGCGGUUGCAGGUUGUUUUAUGUUGUUACUGCCUCUGAGUUGUGAUGCCGCUGAUGGUCAGAAAUUAGUUCUGUUAAGUAAUUUGACAAUUUAGAAGAUUAAACUUAAUAUUUCUUAGGAAGAGCUCCAUAUGUGAGUGAAUCAACACGAACACUAGAAUGCUACAUUUGUUAAUUUGGUUAAAUUUGCUAAGAUGUAAAUUCUUUUCUAGGGAUGGGAAUCAAGAACCGGUUCCAGUUGAGAACUGGUUUGAAAUUGUCUGAACCAUCGGAAUCGCAUGCCUCCGAGUUUCAGUUCCUUUUUUUGCUGGGGACAUGAUUUUCUGACAGCUGCGAAUUGCAAAACAACGACGUCAAACUCGUGCGUCUGCGCCGCUCGAAACUUGACACAAGGAGUCAUGGCGGAGAGGAAGAAACGUUCCAAAGCAUGGCAGCAUCCCAUACAUAGGCUCUACUUGGGCAGUCCGCCAAGGUAGAUUAGGACCUGCCCAGGUAGAUAAAAUCCCUUGGUUUCAUCUGGGGCAAAUCUGACAUUAAAACGUCUUAUUUCACUCUUUUCAAACUAACUAAUUUCUGGCCAAACACCUGUCUGAGUUGUGUGCGCUGCUGUAACUGACCGGGGACUAAAGGCUUUUCUGUGUGCAGCCGCCCAGCUAGCAUCUACUAGUAGCAUGCAUGCGAGGCGUUUAAGGAACAUCGGUCAGUCACAUCAGUCACACGCCAAAGCGUUCACCACCACAAGUUGAUUCUCAACCUGUGGUAAACACUGUACGGCUUUAUUUCACAAAGAGAGAUGACAGCAGUUCUAGUUGUAAUGCUGUAAAAUUACAUUUUCAAGUAAGAGUGGAAACGCAGGCAAUAUGCUGAAACAUCUUUCUAUGUAUCAUGGCCUUAAAUUCCAGGAAUGCCAUGUGUUUGACACUACGCACGAGUGCCACUGCUUCCCAACCGAGCAGCACGUCCGUUACUGAGGGUUAAAUAUCCCAUGUUAUAAAAACAUUAGCACCACACAGGCAGGUUUAACAGAUUUUUUCUGACUAAGAAAACCUAUAUUCAACCAAAUGCUGUACAAAUAUUUUUUGUCAUUUCAUUCAUUUUGGAGGAUGACAGACUCAGAGAUAAUAGUUAACAGUUGCAUUAAUGCUGAAAACCUGUGUAAGACCACUUUUUUUCCACCCAGAAAAUUGAUCAUUAAUUUUUAAGGGAACUGCUAAAGAAUCAGACUGAUAAGCACAAUCGAUAAUGGCAAUGGUAUAGAUAAAAUCUUAUUAAUUCCCACCCCUAAUCUUCUCAGCUCCUGAUGUGGCAUCACAUCCCAGAGUGUACAUAUUAUUUUUUUAUUUUUUGUACUACUAACUGCAACACUAGAUAUUAGCUGCUGUAUCUUAAAUUGAUGGCACAAUUAGAUGUUUUGCCAGAAGAGAAAGAUAUGCUUUUACUUCACACUACUUGACAUUUGUAAACACCGUUGUAGUCAAGUCACCAAAGCUCAAGUCCAAGCUGAGUUCUGGUUCUUCUGUGUUUUACUCCAAGUUCACAUCAACAAGUCGAUUAACACAAGGCCAUAUUAGAGUCAUCGAAUUCAUGGCCAGUAACAAAGGUCAUGGCUGAGUCACUAAGGUAUGGUUGGCGUGUCCAAAACAUUCCUGAAUCAGAGUUAACCUCUGAGUUGAAGACAAGAGUUCUCGCUUCACUAGCUGGCAGUCUUAUAAGCAGUAGCCAAUUAUUCUUUUAUACCAUACCAAAAAAAUAAAAUCUGUUCUGCAGGCUUCUAUAUAUUUUCCAUUUUUGCAUGGCCAAAGAUGAUUUACCAGAGCUGAACUAGCUUGUCUUUUUAGUCUGUGAAACAAAUGUUAGCUCAGGAAGCUAACAUAAAGAGCUUUCACCACAGGGAUAGGGGUUUUCAGUCACUUAUCCUUAGCAUUAACAGUAUGUGAUGCAAACUUACUGUUAGUCCGUCAUUAACUCUGUAAAUGGCCAACUCUGUAACUGAUUUUUCUUACAAUAUACUUUGAGUAAUAUUAAAUAGCAUCUUAUCCAAGCUAAAUUUGUUUACUUUUUAAUAAGCUUUGUCUACUGAGUAAGUUCAUCACAUCAGUGUAUUAAACUAUAACUUAACUUUGCGUUGGGAAUGUAAGAAUUCUGAGUCAUGAGCUCCCUUUUCCUCUCAAUCUGCGAAACCUCCUACGUUAGCUCAGGAAGCUAAUGUAGAGAGCUUUCACGUCAUUGAGAGGUCAGCUGGAUAUCGUUAGCUUUAGCAAUUUCAGAGGCGAUUUACUGGUAGUCUGUCAUCAAUACGGUAAGUGGUCAAC